AUGGACAAGUUCCGCCUGGUGUUCCAGUUCCUGCAGUCCAACCAGGAGUCCUUCAUGAACGGGGUGUGCGGGCUCCUGGCUCUGACCAGCGCCCAGAUCUACUCGAGCUUUGAGUUCAGCUGCCCGUGCCUGCCCGGUUACAACUUGCCCUACGCGGCGGCCACGCUGGCGCUUCCGCCGUUGCUUCUUCUCCUCUUGGGCUUCGUGCUCAACAACAACGUGUCCGUGCUGGUGGAGGAGUGGCGGCGGCCGGAGGGGCGCAGAGCCAAGGACGGGGCGGUGGUCCGCUACAUGUUCUGCUCCAUGCUGCAGAGAGCGCUCAUCGCGCCCGUGGUCUGGCUCGCCGUAUCCCUCCUGGAUGGAAAGUGCUUGGUCUGCGCCUUCAGCGAGCUCCUGGACCCCCGCACACUCGGCGCCAACGUGUCGCUCCUGCCCGCGGCGCCGGCCGAGCUCCGCCGCCUCCUCGCCACGCUGCCCUGUCAGGACCUGCCCAGCCGGCCGGCAGCCAUCUCCCGGGAGGCUGCCCGACGCUACCUCUGCUGCCUGUCCCAGGCUCUGGGUUGGUCCUUCCUGUUGCUAGUGACCCUUCUGGCCUUCCUGGUGCGAGCUGUGCGACCUUGCUUCACCCAAGCCGCUUUCCUGAAGACCAAGUACUGGUCUCAUUAUAUCGACAUCGAGCGCAAGCUGUUCGAGGAGUCGUGCAGGGAGCACGCCAGGAGCUUCGCCAAGGUCUGCGUACAACAGUUCUUCCAGGAGAUGCAGGGUGAGAUGAGCCGGGGCUGCGGGCCUUCGCACUCCCCGGGACUCCGCACUGAGGAGGACGCAGAGCCCAAGCUCUUCGGCAUCACGGACAGCAAGAGCAUGAACAAGCUGCUGCGGAAGUGGCACAACAGUAAGCCGCCGCUGAACGUGAACACGGCCGCCUCUGAGGGCAGCAGCAGCAAGCAGCUUCCCAGCGCCAAGCUCAACAGCUGGGGCCAAGUGCGCUGCGAGAAGGUGGCCUUCUACAGCAAGAUUCUAGUCUCUGUUGCAACAACAGAAGCGUCUAAUCUGCGGCCCUUCCCCAUGGAGCCGCAGUGGGAGCUCGACCCUCAACCCGUCCCGUACGUCACAGCGGCCGGUUGUGGACAACGCCUUGCUCUGGGACACCAGCGAGUUUUGGGGCAGACCAGGGGUCGUCCGUCCUGGGAACUGCCGGUGCACCACAGUCCUGCAUUGUGCAGCCGAUCAGGACAAACCUCGACAGAUACCUCCCCAGGCCUUUCUGGGAAGGAGCGGUUUCACGUCUCACGACCACCCGAGGAGGCGCGGCAAAGCCGCCGUUCAAUGCAUCGACCGACGAAACGCCAACAAUGCAGCACUUCCUUGGUGUGGCACCGGGGUGUAGCCUUUCAUGGUGUUCACAGGGUCCUGGACGUGACGGCAAGGUCAGCACCUACUGCUGGGGCACCCGAGGCCAGUUCACCACCAACCACAUUGGGCCUGGAGUCACCUUCAGCGGGUUCCCCGGCGGAGGCCGUUACUGAGCCGCUUUGGUGGCUGGAGAUGGCCACGGUCUGGGCCUCUCGUCGUGCGGAUGUUACUGGCCACUCACCAGCCCAUUACCACGCAGCCAUGGGCUGCUCCAUUUGCCAACAAUUGCAAAUGGAGUUGAACAAUCAUGCGUACACAUCCAGACUUCUGCCCUUGAGGGAAGGAAGGUCAUUGACGGAGCUGAAGCCUGUUGGGCCCCGGAGUUCCUGUGGUGGCCCAGAGCCAGAAUGA